AUGGUUGCAGCGCAGUCGUUGUCCGCCAUGGCGCCGUCUCUACGCGUGUUUGGCAGCUCGGUUCCGCUUCCGAUUGUUGUCUCGGCUCGAGCAGUGCACAUCCGUCGCGUUUCCUCCCACGGUCUUCGCAAUUAUCACGCUUCCGCUACCCAAAGCAGCGACGGGGGCAAGUCGAGUUCAGCGGGCGACCUCAAGGGGUCAAGAGCAGCCUUUGCGCAGCGACAGAUGCUGGACGAGCUUCGGGCUUCCGCUUCCUCAUCCAGCUCUUCGUCCUCGUCGCUCUCGGAAGCUCGACCUCGACCCCGCUUCAACGCAACCGCAGAAGCUGCUCUCGAUGCAGCUUCGGGGUCGAGAGGUGGUGGCAUCCCCUUAGGUAUGGCCGGGCUUACGGCUGGAGGAGGCUUUAGCUCGCAGCCGACGUUGGUCGAUCGAGCCAUCGGCCAGGGCAAGCCAUGGUCGCAACUCAAGACGGGCCAAAAAGUAGCGCGCGCUACCGUGCAAUCUUCUCGAACUAUGCUCAUCUUUGGGGGUGGUGCGCUGACUUUUGUGCUCAUCUAUGCACUUACCAGCGAGCUUUUCGCAAAGAACAGCCCCACCGCGAUCUACUCGGACGCAUGCAAACGAGUACAGAACAGCGUCGAGAUUGCGAAUCAUCUCUUGACUCCCUACCGCUUCCGCACCAUGCCUACCGCUGAAAGUGGAUCGAGCGACUUUUCUCCGCUCAAUCCGCCUUCCGUCAAAGACAGAAGGCGGUCCAGAUCGGUACCGUCGGUGACAUUCACGGAUGAGCGUACUGGCGAGGAAAAGAUGUUGCUACGAUUCUGGAUCGGCGCGAGGGAGAAGGGCGAGGAUUGGUCGUUCUGGGAUACCGCCCGUUACGAAGUCGUAGAGGCAGGCAAAUGGGUUGGUCGCAAGAUGACCGAGGGUGGGGAAUGGCUGGGCGAACAACUCGGUGUCGAUCUCGCAUCGACUGAUCAUGUCGAUGGUGACAAGGAGACGGCAGGCGCACUUACCGACAACUCGACAGGCUCUUCAACACGAUCUGGAACAAGUUCCAGCAAAUCGUCGGACAAUGCGCUCAGUCGAAGUUGGAGCUCUGCAAUCGGCGGAAUCACGAGCGUAGUUCGAAGCUCAACAGAAGCCAUCACUUCGACGCUUACCUCACCCGCUGCACCAAAGACGCGCCGUUCAUCAGAGCCGGGGACGUGGUCGUCAGGAGAAGUGCAUGCCGAGUUGGUCAAGGAUCAAGACGGCACUCUGCAGUACCGCACGUUGUUUGUGGACAUCCCCAACUCGCAGGCGUUCAUGCGCCAGCGUGUGUGGAUCGUCCGCAAGCCAGGAGAGGUGCAGAGGUGA